AUGGUGGUGUCAGGGAUACAGUCUCUUCACCGUUACGUACAUGGAGGAUUCAUGGUGAAGAAGAAGAAGAAAAAACAUCUAAUGGGUAUUGUAAGAGCUACCGAAAGAGAAGACUCAUCUUCUUCACAGAGUUUCGAAAUCGAUAGAGAUAAAGCUAGAGAAGCUCUGAAACAGCUUGACCAACAAAUCGAAUCUCAAGCUGAUGAAAAACCAAGAAUCAUCGUCAAGACAUCAUCAGAUGUUGCCAGAACAAGUAGUGGAGGUUCUUCAUCAAUGGAUCCCUUCAUGUUUGAAGAACCACCUGAGAUGUCUGGAUCCUUCCUCACAACUACAGCUUUCCUUCUCUUAGGUUUUACUUUGUUCUAUAAUGUCUUGUUCUUUACAGUGAUAAAACCAUCCAUGGAUGGACCAGAAUCAGUUCCAGCAGACAAGACAGUUGCUAUGUCUGAUUCUGAACUCGUUCAGUUUCCACUUUCCUCUUUUCCUGAAAAUACUAUCAAACAGUAA